AUGUCGCGUCCCGCUCCUGUCCGUCGCAAGUUCGAAGAGCUUCACCCGAGAGACAGAAAUGUCAAAACCAACCGCAGAACCCGCAUCGAAGCCAACUGGGGUUGUGCCGUUCAGGACUGCAUUCCAACCAAGAUCCGCCCUCGUGUCGAGCUCAAGAAGGGAGCCAAGAUUCGUGUCGGAGAUCUCCUCGGAGCUGAAGAGAUAUGGUGGAACUGGAGCGUCGAGCUUUUACGUGGUCUCGAAGAGCUGUCGACCAUGAUGGCUGGCAAGCUGGAAGUUGCUCAGGAGCUGAUGAUUCACGAGGUCCAGAAGCGUCAGGUCGAUCCCAAGAACCCUCAGAGAAGGGUUGCUGAACUUCUGCUUGGCGACAUUCAGCGUGUUGUCGACAAUGUCAAGCGCCACCAGGCCGAUGAGGCUGCAAAGGGCAACCAGCAGCAAGACGUCAACAUGAAGACCCUCGAGGNNGGGGAAGAUUAUGAGCCCGGUCCCAGCAUCAACGAACAGGAGGGACAGGCUCAGCCUCAGUCCCCUGAGUACACUGAGAAUGGUCUCUCCCCUGAUAACAUGACCUCGCCUACCCCUGCCUCUGCCUACGUUCAUGAUGGCACUCCCCAAAUCAAAGGCACCCACCAGGGCACUUACCAGACUAACGGCACUCGCAACAUGAAGUUGCUCAGCUCUACCGAACCCCCUACUCGUCCUGUCGGAGCACACGUGAUGAAGAGCACCCAGCAUCUCAACGAGAGCCUGCAGAUCGAUGUCACGGAGAUGCGUGGCCGCGCCGCACGCCUCCGUAGCCAGGCCAUGCGCCUUGAGGCCGAAGCCCUCGAACUUGAGUUUGUCGCUUCCGUCGCCAGAAAGGCACACAACACUUUGUGA